AUGGCACCUCGAACCACCAAAUACACGGGUCAACUAUGUGACAAACAGGUUCUUAUUGUUGGUGGUUCCUCCGGCAUCGGGUAUGCCGUGGCUGAAGCAGCCCUGGAGCAUCAAGCUAAUGUGACAAUUGUCGGAUCGAACACCAUCAAACUUGAGAAGGCAUUGGCUCAGCUCAAGACCGCCUAUCCAACGCAGACCACGGCGGAGCGGCUCCGGGGAAUAUCGUGCGAUCUUGGGGACGCGAAAAAUUUGGAGACAAACGUGCAAAGGAUUCUGGAGUUCGCUGCCGCGGGCAACAAGGUCAACCAUGUGGUAAUCACUGCCGCGGAUAUGACACAGCCUCCGUCUGUUGCAGAGGUUACUGUUGACAAGGUCCAACGCACCGGCACAAUCCGGUACCUUGCACCGUUGAUAUUCGCCAAAUACCUGACGCAAUUCGUAGAGCGGACUGCGAACAAUUCGCUGACUCUCACGAGUGGUGCGCAUGCCCACAAGCCGGAUCCUGGGUGGACAGUUAUCUCAGCCUACUGUGGUGCCGUUGAGUCCAUGGCCAAGGGGCUGGCUAUUGACCUGAAACCUCUCAGGGUGAAUGUUGUUUCGCCCGGAGCAAUCAUGACGGAUGUCGUGAAGGACAUUCUAGGGGACUUUUACGACACGGCGAUCCAGAUGGCGAAAGAUAAAUCCUUGGUCGCGAGUGCAGGUACGCCGGAGAACGUGGCUCAGGCCUAUUUGUACUUGAUGAAGGAUCACUAUGCCUCUGGUACUGUUUUGGAGUCCAAUGGCGGGAUGUUUCUGGCUUGA